AUGAGUAAUUCAUCUGACAUCUCUUAUGCUGAUCACCGUGCUUUAGUGGUUCCAGAACCAACCCAAGAAAUGUUCCAUUACACCAACUUGUCAUUUCCCAGACUACACACUGGCAACUACAGAAGAGGUAGCAGUCUAAAUCAAAACUCAUCCUUUCAGAUCCCAAUCACUUGCCUUGAAUUCCAUAUCAGGAAUGUCCAAACAACUGGUGUCCAAGGCUUAAUCAGAAUUAAAGGCUAUAUGGUAUUUCACAGAGAAAAUAGUUACUAUUCUAGUGGUAUGUAUUAUGAUCAGAAUCUAGAGGAUUCUCAACCAAGAGAUCCAAUCAGGUUUAGUCUCCAUGGUUUCUGGUCAGAAUCAUCUGGGAAGCUUUGUAUGGUCGGAUCGAGCUAUGAUCGAAUCAAAAGAGGUAAUUCACUGAAUCUUCCUGCUGUUUUUAAGCUUUAUAAUGUCAAAAAGUCAACUAGUGUUGGUGGAUUGAUUACUGGGGCAUUACAGAGCUUGUUGAGUUCUGAGAAUGGACCAAAAUUUUUUGAACCAAUCUCCAUUAUGAUGUUUCCUAGGAUGAAUUAUGAGUACUCUUUGAUUCUGAAGAAGAAGUACUUAGUUCUGGUGAAAAUGCUCAUGUUCCUUUGGGCUUGCCUCUUGCUUCUUUUCCAAGAGAUAAUUUCUGUUCCCUGUGUCAAUGUAUUCAAUCUGAGAUAUGCAAGCCAUUGCGGUUUUGCAAAGAAUUGUACCCCAUUUGUUUGGGAUUUUGACUAUUUGCCUGGUAUUGUGUCCUUAAAUGAAAUUGAGUGUUCUGAGGAUAAACAAAAGCUGCGUGCUACAAUAAAAUUCCGUCUCAGUAGAUAUGAGGAAGAGGCUUUCUAUCCCAACACAACGUUUGUUGGGGAAGGGUUGUGGAAUUCAAAGAACAACCACCUUUUUAUUGUUGCUUGCAGAUUUUUAAAUGUGAGUGAAAAUUCUUUUGCUAAUGUUCAUGUGGGUGAUUGUUCAACAAGAUUAAGCUUGAGAUACCCAUCAAUCUGGACAAUUGGAAACAUGAAGAGCAUUGUGGGGGAUAUUUGGAGCAAUAAAGGUUUGACAGAGUUUGGUUACUUCGAUAAGAUUAGAAUUGAAAGUUCUUUUCAGGACCUUCCCAUAGGGGUUCUUGGCUUGAAGUACGAGUAUACGAAAAUCGACAAGGCAAGAAAAGUGUGCACCAGAAAGAAAUCUAGUACUAAAAAGGGAGCAAUUUACCCUAAUGUAUUCUCUCAAGAAAUGAGAUUCGAUAUAUCAUUUACAAUGAACAUUUUUGCUGAAGGAGUUUAUGAUUCCGCAAUAGGAAGGCUGUGCAUGAUUGGCUGCAGAACACCUGGCCUAAGUGUCGAACAGCAAACUGAUAUUGGUUUUGUGGACUGUGAGAUUCGUAUUGAUUUUCAGUUCCCUCCGGUCAAUUCAAGGAAUGGUUCAGCUCGUGUCAAGGCAAGCAUUGAAAGCACAAGACACAAAUCUGAUCCUCUUCAUUUUGAACCUCUGGUCUUGUCCUCAGUUUCUGAUGAAACAUAUGCAGCAGAGGACUAA